AUGGGAGUAUUGGUGGCGAAGCAGCGGACAAUGGGAGGAGAUAAGGACGUUGCCGAUAUAUUGUUGGCACUUGUUUUGCCCCUUGGUUUAAGUAUUUUUGUUCUCCUCUUGUUUGUUUGCUGCUCAUCCAGAGAGAAUAAAACUAACCUGACAAAUGAUAGUGAAAGUGCAACUACCACUCCCCGUCGCAGAAGCGGUGGCGUUGAUGGAAGUUCUAUGGUUGUAAUUUCUUCCAACGGUAACGCCUCGUGUGAUGGUCAUAUUCAUGAUGGCGCUUAUUGUGGUGGAAGCGGUGAAUUUGGUGGGGGCGGCUAA